AUGGCGAAGGUUGCAACCGACUUUGAGAAAAUCAUCCAACAAGAGGACGUAUUGCGUCGUUUCGCAGGACGAGAGAGGAAGAAGAACGAGGCGCUGGCACAGAAGAUUUUCUCCAAGGAUAGACGGCAGAGUGCACCCUCGAAACUUAAGCCUGGUGCGGGUCCGUCGCUGGCGAGCCGAGUCGGCAUCACAAAGAAUCGCACAGCGUCCCUCGGCCCCAAGGCCCUUCUCGGCGGCAAUAUCGAUGGCGACUGGACACACGAUCUUCACGGAACGGUAAACGGCGGUGGCAGAGGGCGGAACAAUGGUAACAACGGCGGCGCAGGCGGCCUCGCGUCGCGCAUCUCUGCGCCGGGAGGCAGACCUGCGCCUGCCGCGGCGUCGAACAAUAACAGACGAGCCGAGCGACGCGCCGAGCAGAAGGCGGCGAGAGUGGCUGCCGCGAUCGAGCGCUCGGGCGCCAUGGCCGACGUGCAGAUGGCUUCUGUCGCGAAUGUCGUGCCCACGGGACCGUCGAACAAGCAAGGGCUCUCGAUUCGGGGAUUGGCGGGCCCGUUUGCGGUGAUGGCGCAAAACUUUGCUUCGGGGACGACAGCGGCGGAUAUCGAGAGCGCGAUGACGCCUGUCGGUGGGGAGAUGCUGAGUUGUCGGAUCAUCAAGACGGCUCCUCUGCUUGUGGCGGAGAUGGUCUUUGCGACAAAGGAGGGUGGUGAUGCGGUUAUUUCUACCUUUAACAACCAGACGGCCGACGGACGCAUCAUCAAAGUUUACCCCAAGCCCGGCGGCUACAAGGAGCCCGCAUCUCGCCCUGCGAACACCCGCUCGACAUCGAGCAACGUUGUCGACGGCACGAACGGAUUCCCCGAGGCCAUGGAGCAGGACGAUGGCGGCUUGUACAGCGAUAAACUCGUCAGCACUGGUGGCAACGGCGGCGGAAACAGUAACCGUAGAGGACGCGGCUUCAACCGUGGCGGCAGACGAUGA